GCCAUGGCCCACAGCCGCUCUCGGAAGCGAUCGCGGAGCAGGAGCAAAAGCAAUUCCCGGAGCAGGCAUGAGAGGAAGGAGAAGAAAAGGAGGAAGAGCAGCAAGGACUCACAGCGAGGCAGCAGCUCUCCACCAAGGAAGAGGAUCUCUGGCUCUCAUGGACACAAGUCAAGCUUGGCAACAGCCAGGGAAGAAAAGAAGAAGGAAGGAAAGGACAAAAAGAAGAGGAAGGCAAGUACCUCUUCUUCUGGGAAUUCUUCAUCCACCAGCUCUUCCUCAUCUUCCUCUUCCUCUAGCUCCUCUUCUGAUGAUUCCAGUGACAGUGACUCCAAAAUGAAGAAGAGUCAAGACAGCAAGAAAAAGCGAAUGAAACAAAAAGACAAAAAGAAGAGGAAGAAGCAGAAGAAAAAAAUAAAGAAGAAAUCAAAAAAGAAGACAAAGGAGAGGGCUAAGGAGGAGAAAGCCAAGGGAGAAGAGGUGCCUGGCCCCUCACUGGAGCAAUGGCAGAAGGAAUCAGGGGUGGAUCCUGGGCCAGUUCUGACAGAUGAACAGAAAUCCCGGAUCCAGGCUAUGAAGCCAAUGACAAAGGAGGAGUGGGACGCGAGGCAGAGCGUCAUCAGGAGAGUGGUGGAUCCCGAAACAGGGAGAACCAGGCUCAUUAAGGGGGACGGGGAAGUCCUGGAAGAAAUCGUCAGCAAGGAGAGACACAAGGAGAUUAACAAGCAAGCCACACGUGGGGAUGGGCUGGCCUUCCAGGUGAGGACGGGGAUGCUGCAGUGAGGGCAGGCACCAGCCAGCCCAGGAGCCCGUCCUGCUGCCCCUGCCAGCCCAGGGGAGCCUCUGCCUCUGGACCACGCAGACAGCACCGUGUCAAGAUGUUCCCCAGGGGCCCUUUCCAGCUGCUCUGUAAGUUACUGACUGGGAAGGAGAGCGACUUUAGUGGUUCAUCUCCCAGUAAACAGCUUCUCCCCUCCCUGUCCCAGCUCAGGCCAGUAUGGCUGUAAAGUAUCUGAGCCAUUUGUCCCCAUGCUCCUCUGGAUGUUGAAGGAGCUCAGCAGCACCUAGGGGAUGGGCUGAGCACCUCAUGGUG